AAAAAUUUCAACCUUCCCUUCUUCUUGUCUUAGCUCGGCAGCAAGAUAUGUCGAAUCCGACCAGUCUUCCACCGGGGUUCCGAUUCCACCCCACCGACGAGGAGCUCAUCCUUCACUACCUGAGGAACCGAGCUUCCUCGAUGCCAUGCCCGGUGUCGAUCAUCGCCGAGGUCGACAUCUACAAGUUCGACCCGUGGGAGCUCCCCGCCAAAGCGCUGUUCGGGGAUCGAGAGUGGUACUUCUUCAGCCCCCGGGAUCGGAAGUACCCCAACGGGGUGCGGCCGAAUCGGGCGGCGGCGUCCGGGUACUGGAAGGCGACGGGGACGGACAAGCCCAUCGUUGCGAGCAAGGGGAUGAGCGACAACAUUGGGGUCAAGAAGGCGCUCGUGUUCUACAAGGGGAAGCCCCCCAAGGGGGUGAAGACGGACUGGAUCAUGCACGAGUACCGCCUCGCCGAAGCUCUGAGGAGCAACAAUUACCAGACCAUCAAACUCAGAGGAUCCUCCAUGAGACUAGAUGACUGGGUCCUCUGCCGAAUCUACAAGAAGAGCAAUCAUCAACUACCGCUGGAUGCAGAGCAAGAAGACACGGGCGUGGAGGCUGCCUCGCCACACAGCAUGCAGCAGAACGGCUUCCUCAAGCUGCCGAAAUCCUACUCUCUGACCGAGCUCCUCGACGCCGCAGAUUACUCGACGCUCGCGCGACUGCUGGAGAACCCACCGGAUGUACUGGGAUCACAAAACUGUUCGAUCAAUUACCCCGAUUCGAACCCAUCGUUCGUCCCUCACUGCAACCAAGCCGAGCUUCCUGUUCCGAUCAAAGACAACGUUCUGAAGCGCAAGCAGAUAGUGAACAGUAGUUGCUUCGAAGAGGACGACGAGUUCUCAUUCCCCGCAAAGAAACCAACAGUUCCAAGGACGUUCGACAACACCGCGUUCGAUUCACUGCCUUACUCGUUGCUGCUGAGCUCUGACUUGGGCUUGCAGUUAGGGCACAGUGCUCAGCAGGCCAAAGCAGCAUACGAGAUGUGACGACACAAGAUGAAGAUACAAGAAACAGUGAUGAGAGGUUUAGCUUUUUUUUGUAUAGAAGUUGUGUAUCGAUGGGGCCAUUGAAGGUUGUACAUGUUAUGAUGUCUGCAGCAGAAACAAAGUGCAAUCAGCUAUCUCAACAAAGCCAAGAAAUUCUUGUUGGACUUCGA